CAUUUCCGCUACCCAAAUCUCUCCGUCCACGGCGACGCCAGACGGCAUCCGUCAGCCAGCAACAUCUCCACCACACCCUCCCCGUCCCCGACGAAGAAGCACAGCGGAGAGGCGGCCGAAGCCGACGCCUCACCAAGUCACCAGUAGCUUCUCCGCGCUCGUGCGCGCCUUCCCGCACUUGGAUGCUCCCUGCGCCGGCGCCUAGAGCGGCGGCCGUCUAGCGGGCGCCCGGAGGGUGAACCCACCGAUGGCCGACGCUCUCCUUCCACGCCGCUUCCUCGCGCCGUUGUCAGUCGUAUCCGGAGCCUCUUCAUCAGCCUCUUCGUCCCCGCCGUGUCUUUGGGUGCUCUCGUCGCCCGGCUCCCCGCGCCGGCCGCGCCUGGCGGCCGGUCACCCGCAACCCCGGCCUCGCCGGUUCACUCGGCACAAGACUUAUGCAGCAGAGCGUGGUGAGCAACUGAAAUGGUGGGAGAAAAAUGCUGGACCAAAUAUGAUUGACAUCCACUCCACAGUGGAGUUCUUGGAUGCACUUAGAGAUGCUGGAGACAAUCUUGUUAUUGUUGAGUUCUACGGAACCUGGUGUGCUUCAUGCAGGGCUCUCUUUCCAAGGCUCUGCCGGACAGCUUUGGAGAACCCUGAUAUAUUGUUUCUAAAAGUGAAUUUUGAUGAAAACAAACCUAUGUGCAAACGACUGAAUGUCAAAGUCCUUCCUUUCUUCCAUUUUUAUCGUGGAGCUGACGGGCUACUUGAGGCUUUCUCCUGUUCCUUAGCUAAGUUUCAGAAGCUGAAGGAUGCCAUUGCAAUGCACAACACUGCUCGUUGCAGCAUUGGUCCACCUGUUGGAGUUGGCGAUGUUGACUUGCUGGAUAACGCGAGCCCUCAAGAGAAACCUGCAGAAGCUAGCCCACGGUAGAUUCAUGAGAAUGAGCUCCACCUCAUCCACUUCUACGUCCUGCUCAUUGUUUUCUUCACUAUAGAUCUCAAUGUAAUCAGUUGUGGAGAACAUAAGUAGCCUCGGUUCAUGAAUCAGAUGUAUGGAUUAUUGUAACGCAUUCUUGAAAGGGAAAAACAUGUAUUAUAGCGUGAUAACUGUACCUUUUGUGUUUGUUGUACAGAACCAUAGAAUUGUACUUCAUUUUAGGUGAAGACGCCUUUGAACAUUUAAGCUCCCUUGUGGGCCGUUUUAUAGAGUCAGUCAGUCCAGU